UAGCGCCUUGGUUGACAUUGUUGUUGUUGUGGGAGUAAGAAUGUACUUAGUCGUGAAGUCUUUUUAGGACAAGAAGCAAGCCGUCUUUCUGGCAUAUACUCAAAACUGAAUACCGUAUUACCCUAGAGGAAGUCAUUUUCUGCGAAAGUAAAGCCCAGAGUGUGAGGAAAUGAGAGAGAAAUUCCGCGAGGCCGCUCGAGUUCUUUUUGGUGGAAUUUAACAGAGAUCUUCGAGUGUGGGUCGCUCAUUACUGAACCCCGCUUAAAAUGAAAGCUGUGGGCACUUGCUGCCAUGGUUUGAAUCCCUACAAUGUGUGGGUGUGGCCGAAACAGUCCUUCUGCUGUGAGGGAGAAUUGCUCUCCUGUCUUUUCUCUCUCCUGAUGCCCCCUUCUGCACUGUAAAUUCAUGAUCACAUGACUUUGGAUAUGGACGCAGUCCUGUCCGACUUUGUCCGUUCUACUGGAGCUGAACCCGGACUGGCCAGAGACCUGCUGGAGGGAAAGAAUUGGGACCUCUCGGCUGCGCUGAGUGACUUUGAACAACUGAGACAAGUGCACGCUGGGAACCUCUCAUACACAUUUGCUGAGGAGAGAGAAUAUCCCUCCAUUGAGCGGACGGGGCGACCCUUCUUGAAUCGCCAAGAUGAGGUUGCGCAAGCUGCCACGGAGAAGCGGUUGUCGAGGGGAAUCUCUCAUGCCAGCUCCACCAUUGUCUCUCUGGCCCGCUCACAUAUGUCCAGUACGGGCAGCAGCAAUGAACUGCUUCUGGACACUCCGCUCUGCACCUUCCAGUUGCCUGACCUCACAGUCUACAGAGAUGACUUCCGCGGCUUCAUCGAGAGAGACCUCAUUGAGCAGUCCAUGAUGGUGGCACUGGAGCACGCUGGACGGUUGAACUGGUGGACUGGUUUGGGGACUGGCUGUCAGAGUUUAUUACCUCUGGCUACUAGUGGUGAUGGGAACUGUCUGUUACACGCCGCCUCACUGGGUAUGUGGGGCUUUCAUGAUCGAGACCUGAUGCUACGGAAGUCUCUCUAUGCUCUGAUGGAUCAUGGGCAGGAGAGGGAGGCUUUAAAGCGAAGGUGGAGAUGGCAACAAACCAUGCAGAAUAAAGAGUCGGGACUGGUUUACACGGAGGAAGAGUGGCAGAAAGAGUGGAAUGAGUUGUUGAAACUGGCAUCUAGUGAACCCAGGAUACACUACAGCACCAAUGGCAGCAACAGUGCCGAGUCACAGGAGGAGCCGGUGUACGAGAGCCUGGAGGAGUUUCAUGUGUUCGUUCUUGCUCAUGUGCUCCGCAGGCCAAUAGUGGUGGUGGCUGACACCAUGCUGCGGGACUCUGGGGGAGAAGCUUUUGCACCAAUCCCGUUUGGAGGGAUUUACCUGCCCCUGGAAGUACCAGCCAACAAGUGCCACCGCUCCCCUCUCGUUCUGGCAUAUGACCAGGCCCAUUUCUCUGCCCUGGUCUCAAUGGAGCAGAAAGACAGUUCCAAAGAACAAGUGGUGAUCCCUCUGACAGACUCGGAUCAUAAGAUGCUGCCUUUGCACUUUGCCGUGGACCCUGGAGAAGACUGGGAAUGGGGCAAAGAUGACAAUGAUAAUGUCAUGCUAGCAAGUGUAACCUUAUCUCUGGAGGCCAAGCUCCAUCUGCUGCAUAGCUACAUGACUGUCACCUGGCUUCCUCUACCCUGUGAGGUACAGCAGGCCCCUUUGGCCCAGCCAGAGUCACCUACGGCAUCUGCAGGAGAGGAUACCCGCACCCCGCCAGACUCUGGAGAGUCUGAUAAAGAGUCUGUCAGCAGCAGUUCCAAUGGCAAUGGAGACAGCAGCACUACUGGAACCAGUGGGACUACAGGCAAAACAAGUGGUGGAUCUUCCAGCUCCUCUAGCUCAUCCAGUAACAGUUCAGCAGGGACAACCGGCACACUUGGAAAGGAGAAGGGGAAGAAAGACAAAGAAAAGGAUAAGGACAAGAAACGUGCAGACUCUGUUGCAAACAAGCUGGGUAGCUUUGGAAAGAGCCUGGGCAGUAAGCUUAAGAAGAAUGUGGGAGGCCUGAUGACGGGGAAGAAUACAACUGGAACUGGACCCAAACAGGAGAGUCAAGAGAAGAAGAAAGGCUCUCUGAGAGGUCGAAAGGGCAGUAAGGACAGCUCUCCCUCUAUUCAAACUGGCUCUGAGGACUCUGGGAAAGGCUCACCAUCCUCAACCAGUGAGCGACAAAAUGGAAGCUAUUCUUCAGAAAGUGACCCUUUUAAGUAUAGCUCUGAUGUGAAAGUGAGUCUUAGCAUCCUUCGAGCCACUAUGCAAGGCGAAAGGAAGUUCAUCUUCGCUGCACUACUCGCUACAAGCAACCGGCAGCCAUUUCAGGAGGAAAUGAUACAACGCUACCUGGUUGAUGCCGAGGAGCGCUUCCAUGCUGAACAAGAACAGAGAAGAGAAGCUGAACGGAAAGCGACAGGAGGUCUUGCAACGACUGCUGGGACCCAACUGAAAAAGGACGGGCCUGAGCUGAGUUACAGAAGUUUUGAAAGCAAAGAGGAAGUUACUGAUAAUUCACCUCCUACCUUUAAUGCUUUGAAGUCAUCAUCUUUCAGCCCAGUGAUGUACUCUGGUGUGGUCCCAAUCCCUAGGGCCAACUUCAUUGACCACUCUCCUUCCCCACUCACGCAGCAUCUCCAUAUGCAUGGUUAUUUGGAUACACGACGGCAGCUGGCUGGAGGUUCAACGUCUUCUUACCCAGGCCUACCAUCCUAUGCUACUUUGCCCCGACACUGCCCCCUAGCACAGGGCCCACCCCAUACCCAGUACCACCCACCCUCCAACAGCUUGGGCAGCCCAUCCCGUAUCAUCAGCCCCUGCCUUACGUCUUUUCCCCAAGAGCAUGACCCAAUUGAUUACCACACUGAACCUGCUGGAGGCUACACAAAUGGCUUGAGGGACGCACGAUUCACUUUGGACAGCCACAACGGACCGAUGCCCGUGAGGCAUUACUCUUUAGGGAGUGCAGGUGGCCUCGCCAACCUGCAGUCCAGCAGAUGCCGAACGCCUACCUGCAAUUACUACGGUCACCCCGAGACGGGCAAUUACUGCUCGUACUGCUACCGAGAGGAGCUGAGGAGACGGGAAACGGAGCCGGCCAUACACAGGUUUUGAAUGGACAAUUUCUGUCCAGUUUCUCUACUAUAGGACUCAUUGGAGCCCAACGUGUGAGCCACAACAUAUCCUGUUUGUGUGGAUCUUGCUUUAAGACCAGUUCGGCCUUUCUGAACCAGGUUACUGAGACUUGGCAUCCACAAUGAGUGGCCAUUGUGGGAACAAGACUGCUAUUGUGUUACAUUUGCUGUGGCGCAUAGGCUGGAGCUUUAAGCUCCUCCCACAUUUGCUUGAAGUGUUCAUCCUCUUUCCUGUCUCCUUGUCUCCUCCUGUUGGUGAGAAUGUAAAGCACAGGCAAUAGACAUUGGAGCACAAUGUGCUGUUGCAUCACACAAACAUGCCACAUACCCCAAAAGACAUUUUAAGCACAACCAGAAAAUUCUUAUUUAUAUCCGCUGCAUUUGUAUACUAGACAUUACAAGUAGGAUCUCAGCUGCAAUCAAAGUUAGACUUGCCAUAUUGCGAGUGUAAGGCAAAAACCCACAAUUAACUUUAAGUGAGUUUUAUCUGCAUUGGCCCAACGCUACAGUAAUUUAACUUGUACCCUUUUGAAGUCAUACCCGACUGGCUUAAAUUAGCAAAAAUGGUGCUUUCUCGCUUCUAAGAUUUUCAACUUAUGGAACUGAACCUUGAUAGCCAAAGGUUUCGCUUUGGGUCAUCACAUGUCCAUUGUAAAAAAUCACAGUAGUUUAUGUUUUAUUUAGUAUUUCUAGAACAUUUAAAAGUGCAAAGCUUUUCAAAUUUGUGCGAAAAAGGAAAUGGUACAUCAUGCUGAAGUGUUCUAUUGGUUCUGCUAAUAAAUGAGUUCUAGGUGCUCGCAGGUCAAACGGGGGCUGAUGUUGAAACAGUUUCUGACCACUUCAAAUGUUACUGCCCCAAAUGUUAAUGAUCGAUCACCCCCAGAGCAGACCAAAUCAAGCACUUUUCUAAUGUCCAGAGCUUGUGCGUGUGUGUUCCGGACACAACAAUGAAUAGACUGUUAUGUUGCUGUGCUUCUAGUCUGGCAUUUUGCUUUGUUCUGGAGGUAGAGCUUGCAGUUCCACUCGCAUGGACUGCAGAGGUCAGGGUUCGGCUGUAGGUGCCACUGCUAACUUGUUUCCUAGUUGCCUUUUCAGUCUUACAGGGGUAGUUUAUACUUUUGUUUGAUUUUUGUGGAUGCUUGCAGAUCUCUCUGUAUCUCACUUAUACGAUGCACCGUGUAUUGAGAUUUUAUCUUUCUAUUAUACUAUAUUACGCUGUUAACAGACAGUAAAGCCUCCGAUAAAGUCAGCCAGAAAUAAAAACACUGUUAACUCAGCCUUGCAUGCCAUUCCAAACCUGCAUUACCGGCAAAUACAAAAGUAGAUUGUUCUUUUCCAUACAAAAUAUUAAAUGUGGACCAUACAAUGUGUGCAGUAUAUUUCAAGUAGCCAUACAAUAACUUAAUGUAAGUAAUAGACCAGAAGUCAUUAUUCACAGAAGGUCUACUCCUCCAGCUCACUUACUGGCAAAUUUGACACCAGUGAUGACAAACAGCCUUCGGUUCUUGUGUCGUAAUGGAGCACAACAACCAAAGUGGAUGUGCGAAUGAGAUUUGGAGAGCUACGUUGGAAAGCAAAACUGCUAAUAUAGCACACGUGACUCAGAAUCUAGAUGAGUCACACCAGUCUGUUACAUGUCAUUUACUUGUUACUAAUUGUGCUUUGUUAAAAUAUUUAGUUACAGCGUUUUGACUUUGCACAGCAGAGCAAAUGUACUCAUUUAAUUUCAUUAUAUGGAAAAGAGCAGUCUGGGCGUUCUGCUAAACAUCCCCUUUUGUGUUUGACAGCAGAAAGAAAGUCAGGUUCAGAACGAAAUGAUGGUGAGGAAAUGAUGACAGGUUCUUCAUUGUUGGCUGGCCUGUCCCUUUACCUUCUCAUUGCUCAUGUGAAAUGGGCUCUAUAGUACUGUAAGAGGAUGUUGCUGCUGUGAUCAUGUUCAUUUGAUGUGGUUAAGUGUUAGUGUGCUGCAUGGGUGGUAGUUGUAGAGCUGGUGUUGUAGUCACAGCAAACUCCCUUCCGCUUCUCAAGCACUCAAUACAAAUCUAAUCAGUCUUAUGCAAAUAUUUGUAUAACUGUGUCAGCUCCAGGUCACAAAGUUCCCACAUUUGCAUUACUGAUUUGCACAAUUAAAUAUAUGCUAGGUUAGUAUCCUAACAAAAUUUCAACAUACCUCUAAAUAGCACUAAAUUGUGUAUUAUCUAUGACAGAGUAAGGUUUUGCAGCAAAAUAAGAAUCUGAAGGGUUGCUAGAUUUAUUUUUCACCCAAAAGACAGCAAGAUUUUUUUUUGAUGUUAUUCAGUCUUAUAACCAAUAGGUGGCACACAUGUUUAGGUUUCUUUGUUACUCUUAUAUUAAUGUCUGAAUCAAUGCAUCCCUACAGUGACCCUUUGAGACCGAUGACACGUUCAGAGUGUAAAUAAGGGACAGUAUGCUGCUGCUUUAGGAUUCAGAAAGUACCUUUAUUUUAUUUUUUCGAGCACGUUUGAAUAUGAGCAAACAAUUAACUCAUGCAAUUGUUUUUUUUUUGUUUUUUUUUGUAUUUAUUCUUUUUUUGUCUUAAGUAAGGCAUAUACCAUUUACCCAGAUUUCCACUCUGCUAAGUUGCAAAAAGGAAUUCAGCGUGUGAGCUUGUCUUUGUGUGUGCGUCUGGUAAAUUGUGCUUUUGCAAACCUAUUGCAGCUUUCAAGGCACAAACAAGAGGAAAUUGUCAAUGAAAUGACAGCUACUCUCUAUAGGAGUUUAUGUUAUCUUUCUAAUCUACUCAUCGCUUGCGUUUAACGGAUCCAGUUAUUUAAUGAAUGGAAAGCUCAUUCAGCCAACCCGGGUGUUGGACAUCAAUAAGAGUGCAAACAUUUUUGUAUAAAGAAAUAAAAAAUGUAUAAAUACGUUCAAGUUAUUUUUGUAAAUCAAACACCGUUUUACAGUGUUUUUUAAAGAUAAGAAUGUAUGCUGUAGGACCGUCAGCUGAAUUGGUGGUGGAGUCAGUAUUCUGGAGCUUAUGGCGAGAGAGUUUCUUGUGAACAAACUAAUUUCUCCAUCAGUGAUCUGACAAGGUAUGAUUUGAAAAUAUAUAUUUGUAGUAAGAUUUUUCAAAAGUUUGGGAUGUUUAGUUCUGAAACUAGGAUGUUCUUUCUUAUGUGGCUAGUUGUCAAACAGACGGGCCUCCUGAAGUUUCUUAAUUUCGAUUUCUAUUUUAAAGCUAUUAUGAUACUUAAUUGCAUUUCGAGGACAUUUUUUUUAAUGAUUGUGGUUGUGUCCACCAUCAGUUUUCACACACUAAAUUCUCUUAUUUAAUACAGUGGGAUUUGUUUUGUUAUGAUAUAGCUUACUAUUUUUAUAUGGUAUGUUUUCAUGGAUGUGACAGAGCUACAGUCAUCCACAUUCUCAGAUUUGCAUGAGACUGAAACUGUUGCAUGUACAGAACUGGCAGAUGCAAUCUAUCGAAUUAAAAGUUGUGCAUUACUUCAGGCUAAUUGGGCAAUUUGUGUUUGUUUUCAGCUGUUUGACCUUUCUCCUUGUUUUGAAAGGUGUCCCCAGGCUGUGUGACAGUGCAAUCUAGGUGGAAAGAACAUCUGAUUUUUAUGUUAGUUUUAUUUUCUUUUUUCUUUUUGCACUGUUUUAAUAAAAUUCUCAUUGUAUUUAAA